AUGGCCCUGGAAGGCAGCCAGGGUAUAUAUAAGCUCUGCCAGAUGCUGCCACCUUCGAUGCUGGACGGCCUGCCCCCAUUCGAACGGGAGGCGUGGACGGCGUGGCGAACGCUGCGGCCCUGGGCGAUCGCCACGCCAGCCACGACCGAGCAGCUGUCCAGCAUCUCCCUGCGGUUCAACCCGGAUCUCCUGUCCAGCCCACCCGCCCCUCAGGAGUACAUGACUCUUUCUGUUCUACUCUCCUCCAAACUGGCUACCUCCCCUCCCUCUCUGUCUGAAAACCCUUCUGAACUUGUUUCUCACUACAACAACACCCUAUCCUCCUGUCUUGACGAACUGGCCCGCACCAAAACUAAAACCGUCUCUUUCACCCAUACUGCCCCCUGGUACACCCCUGAGCUCCAUCAAAUGAAGUCCCCCCCCCUGCAGCAGGGAGUCCCCCAAGGUUCGGUGCUUGGUCCUCUCCUCUUCAUUCUCUACAUCCUCCCCCUCGGCAACAUCAUUCGUCGUCACGGUCUCCGUUUUCACUGCUACGCUGACGACAUCCAACUUUACAUUUCCACAACAUCCAUCAACCCCACAAUCCACUCCACUCUCACCCACUGCCUAACAGACAUCAAAAACUGGAUGAAUCACAACUUCCUCAAACUUAACAGCGACAAAACAGACUUCAUCAUCAUCGGUCCACACAACAUCGCCAAAUCCUCACAACACUUCACCCUCCACUUUGACAACACCACACUCUCUCCAUCCUCACUCAUCCGUAACCUCGGUGUGCUCCUCGACCCCACUCUUUCAUUUGAACCCCACGUCAAGCACAUAACCCGGACUGCAUUCUUUCACCUCAAAAACAUAGCCCGUCUCCGCCCAUCACUCACCUUCUGUGCCGCUGAAACUCUCAUCCACGCAUUCAUUACAUCCAGAAUCGACUACUGCAAUAGCAUCCUCUACGGUACACCAUCCAAAACCCUCAACAGACUACAGUACAUUCAGAACUCUGCUGCCCGCCUCCUCACCCACACCCGCUCACAUGAACACAUCACUCCUGUCCUCCACAAGCUCCACUGGCUCCCCGUCCCUCAGCGCAUCCACUUCAAAAUCCUUCUUAUCACAUUCAAAGCUCUCCACAACCUGGCCCCUCCUUACCUCACAGACCUGCUCCACCACCACACUCCAUCUCGCUCCCUCCGCUCCUCCAGCUCCAACCUCCUGUCCCUGCCCUGUAGGACCAAGCUCCGAACCUGGGGGGACAGAGCCUUCUCCAUCGCUGCCCCGACCCUCUGGAACUCACUACCAAAACCCCUCCGUGACUGCUCUGACCUCCCCACCUUCAAGAAAGAACUCAAAACUCACCUGUUCAAAAUCGCU